AUGAAAGAGGUGGUGAAGGAGUCGAUAGCUCUGAGAGAUACAACUCGCUGCAAUACGUGCCAGGAGGAAGCAGUACAGGUGCAUGUUGCAAGCAGGCUGAAAGCAUGCCCUUUGUCAUCCUCGCCUCCGGGAGUCCAAGUUCCGCCUCUAACCACUCCUUUUUUCUCCCCUUCUCUCCCCUCGCAGGUCCUCUCUCUCGGCGCGGACGUCCUGCCGGAAUACAAACUCCAGUCGCCGCGGAUACACAAAUGGACGAUCCUACACUACUCGCCGUUCAAGGCAGUGUGGGACUGGAUCAUCCUCCUCUUGGUCAUAUACACGGCUAUCUUCACGCCUUAUGUGGCCGCCUUCCUUCUCAACGAGCAGGAGGAACGCAGAAAGAAUCACCAGAAUCAAUACGAUAAUCCUAUUGUUAUUAUAGACCUUAUUGUUGACAUCAUGUUCAUGGUUGACAUUGUGAUCAACUUCCGUACGACUUACGUCAACCACAACGACGAGGUGGUCUCUCAUCCGGGGAAGAUCGCCCUACACUACCUGAGGGGGUGGUUCCUCAUCGAUGUCGUGGCUGCAAUUCCCUUCGACCUCCUGCUGGUCAACCCGGAUGUAGAUCAAACCACAACCCUCAUCGGUCUGCUGAAGACGGCGAGGCUCCUCCGUCUGGUCAGAGUCGCGCGGAAGAUCGACAGGUACUCCGAAUAUGGCGCGGCGGUCCUGCUCCUGCUCAUGGCGACCUUUGCGCUCAUCGCUCACUGGCUCGCGUGUAUUUGGUACGCCAUUGGCAACGCUGAGCGGCCGGGGCUCCUCCACAAGAUCGGAUGGUUGGACCACCUCGCCAACGCCACGCACCAGUACUAUUACAGCAACAGUACGGGCGGGCCGACGCUGAGGGAGAAAUACAUCACAGCCAUGUACUUCACCUUCAGUACAAUCACCAGUGUUGGGUUCGGUAACGUGUCCCCGAACACUGACUGCGAGAAAGUCUUCACCAUAAUUGUCAUGCUUCUUGGCUCUCUCAUGUACGCCAGUAUCUUCGGAAACGUUUCGGCCAUUAUUCAGCGGCUCUACGCGGGAACAGCACGGUACCACACUCAGCUGAUGCGGGUAAAGGAAUUUAUCCGCUUCCACCAGAUUCCCAAUCCGCUCAGACAAAAGUUAGAGGAAUAUUUUCAGCACGCUUGGACCUACACAAAUGGCAUCGACAUGAACUUGGUGCUGAAGGGCUUCCCAGAUUGCCUUCAGGCCGACAUCUGCCUGCACCUCAACCGCCUCCUUGUUGAGUCCUGUUCUGCCUUCGAGGGGGCCAGUCCUGGAUGCCUACGAGCACUUAGCAUGAAGUUCAAAACUACACAUGCUCCACCGGGGGACACUUUAGUCCAUCGGGGUGAUGUCCUUACCUCCAUGUACUUCAUUUCAAGGGGUUCCAUUGAGAUCCUCAAGGACGAUGUCGUUAUGGCAAUCUUAGGUAAAGAUGAUAUAUUUGGUGAGAAUCCUUGCAUCUACCCAACGAUAGGGAAGUCGUCCUGCAACGUCAGAGCGCUUACAUACUGUGACCUUCAUCAAAUCAUGAGGGACGAUAUCUUGGAUGUCCUCGAUUUGUAUCCAGAAUUUGCGGACGAUUUUUCCCGCAAUUUGGAGAUUACGUUCAAUUUGAGAGACGAGGAAGCACAAGGCGUCGACCCACUGCUCCUACAUAAGAAGUGCCGUCUCUCCCGGUCUCGCAGUCACUCCCAGGACACGGAAGACCCCAGACGCAACGCUUUCAGACCCCCGCGACAUCGGAGACGGCGCUACGUGCAGCCGGGCUCCAGCGGAGAGGAAAGUGACUCUGACGACAAACACCUUGGCUCUGUGCGAGGUGUUGGUGAAUUCUCACCUGACAAAGUAGGGCCAGAUGGGAGUCCAAUAAACCAACAUUUCGACCAUAAACAGCGUUCAGGAACCCUCAACUCCAUAACUGUUGCAGGUAGCACCAGUCCUGAGCGACGUCAUCACCAUGCCCGUCACUCCAGUUUGACCUUACCUGUUGAGGGUCACCCCAACACCGCCCAAACACAUGCCCGUGAUGUCGUAGAGGUCAACAGCCGCCUAGAUGCGCUCACCAGACAAAUGCAACAUCUUGAGGCACGGGUGACUUCAGAUAUUGCUCAGAUCCUGCUUCUCCUUCAGCAACAGCAGCAGCAUCAACAAAAUCAGCAGAAUUCAGUCUCACCGUCCCAGUUGGACUCUGAUCAGAGUCCUUGA